UCCCACUGUAAGGUGUUUCUUUCAAAGUGAUGCAAAUAAGUAAAGUGCCACAGAGGCUGUCGUAGGAGAUGGUGUUUACCCAAAAUAGAUGCGAGUAUGGCGCCUCCCUGUGGCAUUUUUUGUACAUUUAGCCCAUCAACUCAACCUAUUUAUGUGAUAACCAUAGCACCCAUAGAUAGCACUACUUGUGCUAAGCUAGCUAUGCUAACACAAACGGCAAGGCAACGCCAGAGCAGAACCACUUUUGCAGCAUUAUCGUGCAGGGGGUUAAGUACUUCCGUUGGGUCAUUGUGGCGCUUUUCGAAGUUGUGUUUUACGUUUAGAGUUUUCGUCGCUAUUUAAGGUCCCAGGCUGCUACAGAUACGAAUGACUUUACUGUUUUAACCAGAAAGCUCUUUAAUGUUGUAAAAGGACCACCGUGUAAACUUGCGAAAGCUGCACGACAGCGGCCAAGAGGAAGCAGUAAUCAACCAUCUUUCUUCUGCCAGCAGUAACAAGAAAGAGAGGAUUCAAGUGGAGCUGCAGUUUUCAAUUUAUUGUCUCUUUCUAAUAGAACAUAGAUUGGACUGAACACUUGGAUUUUCGUAUCACAAGGCCGGAGGAUAGAAAGCGCUCACCAUCGACACGCGCGGGGUUUUAGUAUUAGUAGGCUGGCUAUUUGAUUUGUAUUCCUUUUUUCAUGUUUCCAACAGGUUUACCUUCCCCUAAUCCCCCACCGCCAACCCAAGAGGCUAGACCGGCAGCUUCUGAUGUUAAUAGCGAUAGUAACCUUACGUCUUCUAAGAAGAGAAAAAUAAAUAGCUCUGAGAAAGAAGACAUCGAUUCAGUGGCUUCGCCUCCAAAAGCCAUUUGCAAUUCCACCUCGUCCUGCUCUUCCACCUCCCAGCACAUUCAGAAGAAGUUAAGGUUCGAGGAUCCGGCAGAAAUCAGUGGACUGGAUGUGAAAAUGGCUGAAGAGUCUUCACCGACUGCAUCGUGUUCUAGUAAAACUAAAAAUGUGUUCUUGGCUGGAGGUGUGGGGCAUCACGCGAACGGACUGACGAAAUCCACUGGAUCCGCCACCUUUUCCAACAGUAAACCCGGGGCAGCGAAGAAGCUAGUCAUCAAGAACUUCAAAGAAAAGCCAAAAUUACCUGAAAACUACACCCAGGAGACAUGGCAGAAGUUGAAGGAGGCAGUGGAGGCUAUACAGAACAGCACUUCAAUAAAAUACAAUCUGGAGGAGCUUUACCAGGCUGUGGAAAAUCUUUGCUCCCAUAAAAUUUCUUCCAAGCUCUACAAACAGCUAAGGGCUGUCUGCGAAGAUCACAUCAAGGCACAGAUUGACCAGUUCAGAGAGGAUGCACUGGACAGUGUUUUGUUCCUGAAGAAGAUUGAUAAAUGCUGGCAGGAUCAUUGCAGACAAAUGAUCAUGAUUAGGAGUAUAUUCCUGUUUCUGGACCGCACAUACGUUUUACAAAAUUCAAUGCUGCCAUCAAUCUGGGACAUGGGUCUGGAGUUGUUCCGGUUCCACAUCAUCAGUGAUAUGAAGGUGCAGAGUAAGACCAUCUCAGGGAUCCUGCUGCUGAUCGAGAGGGAGCGUAGUGGCGAGGCCGUGGACCGCAGCCUCCUCAGAAGCCUGCUCAGCAUGCUGUCAGACCUGCAGAUUUACCAGGACUCGUUUGAGCAGCGCUUCUUGGAGGAGACGAAUCGCCUGUACGCGGCAGAAGGACAGAGGCUGAUGCAGGAGCGAGAGGUUCCAGAGUACCUUCAUCAUGUAAACAAGCGCUUGGAAGAGGAGGCGGACAGAGUCAUAACUUACUUGGACCAGAGCACACAGAAACCACUCAUUGCCUCGGUGGAGAAACAGCUCCUUGGCGAGCAUUUGACUUCAAUUCUACAGAAAGGUUUGAAUCACCUGCUGGAUGAGAACCGGAUCCAGGACUUGUCCCUGCUCUACCAGCUCUUCAGCCGCGUGCGGGGGGGAGUGCAGGCCCUGCUGCACCACUGGAUCGAGUACAUCAAGGCGUUUGGCAGCACGAUCGUCAUCAACCCGGAGAAGGACAAGACCAUGGUGCAGGAGCUGCUGGACUUCAAGGACAAGGUGGACUACAUAAUCGACGUGUGCUUCAUGAAGAACGAGAAGUUUGUCAACGCCAUGAAGGAGGCCUUCGAGACCUUCAUCAACAAGCGGCCAAACAAGCCUGCAGAGCUCAUCGCGAAAUACGUCGACUCGAAGUUGAGGGCAGGAAACAAGGAGGCCACGGACGAGGAGCUGGAGAAGAUGCUGGACAAGAUCAUGAUCAUCUUCAGGUUCAUCUACGGCAAAGAUGUGUUUGAGGCCUUCUACAAGAAGGACCUGGCCAAGAGGCUACUGGUGGGGAAGAGUGCAUCUGUGGACGCAGAGAAAUCCAUGCUGUCAAAACUCAAACACGAAUGUGGAGCGGCAUUCACCAGCAAACUGGAAGGGAUGUUCAAGGACAUGGAGCUGUCAAAGGAUAUUAUGGUGCAGUUCAAACAGUAUAUGCAGUGUCAGAACAUCCCCGGCAACAUAGAGCUGACAGUCAACAUCCUCACUAUGGGCUACUGGCCCACGUACGUCCCCAUGGAGGUCCACCUGCCACCAGAGAUGGUGCGUCUGCAGGAGAUCUUCAAGACCUUCUACCUGGGCAAGCACAGCGGCAGGAAACUGCAGUGGCAGUCCACGCUAGGCCACUGUGUACUCAAAGCAGAGUUCAAGGAGGGCAAGAAAGAGCUGCAGGUGUCGCUGUUCCAGACUCUGGUGCUGCUCAUGUUCAACGAGGGAGAGGAGUUCUCCCUGGAGGACAUUAAACUCGCCACAGGAAUCGAGGACAGUGAGCUGCGGCGGACCCUGCAGUCGCUGGCGUGUGGGAAGGCACGCGUGCUCCACAAGACCCCCAAGAGCAAAGACGUGGAGGACGGCGACAAGUUCUCAUGCAACGACGACUUCAAACACAAGCUCUUCAGGAUCAAGAUCAACCAGAUCCAGAUGAAGGAGACGGUGGAGGAGCAGGCCAGCACUACAGAGCGCGUCUUCCAGGACCGGCAGUACCAGAUCGACGCCGCCAUCGUGCGCAUCAUGAAGAUGAGGAAGACGCUCACCCACAACCUCCUGGUGUCCGAGGUCUACAACCAACUCAAGUUCCCCGUCAAGCCUGCUGAUUUAAAGAAAAGAAUAGAAUCGCUCAUCGACAGAGACUACAUGGAAAGAGACAAGGAGAACCCUAAUCAGUACAACUACGUUGCUUAGAAAACAAGCGAAGAGCGUGAGUGUGUGUGUGUGGUGGGAAAACCCCCGAAAAAGGAAAAAAAAGUGGCGAAUGGCGAUCGAAUGAAUGAACGAACGAACGAAAGAGAAAGAAAGAAAGAAAGAAAGCGAGGAAAAAAUUACAGUGGAAGGCAGUCAACUUUAUUUUUUCUCUCAGAACACUUUUGGUCUGAAAACCCUUUUGCUCCAGUUGAUGUUCCCAUUCAGCCCCGACACCACGAACCCACCAACCCACCCAACCUCUUACCCAGAAGCAGCCGGCAGCGGAAUGGAUGACACUCCACAGGGCUUUUUCCCCGGUGUGCGUGUGUGUUUAUUCCUGUGGACUGCAUGUAUGCCCAUUGAAGAAAAGAAAAGGAGAGAAUAUACUGCGAUCGCUCACACACUCAAAACAAAAGGAGUUAACAAGAUGGGACUUAGCGGGUCAGGAAAAGGAAAUUCAUCAUCAUCAUGGUUGGAUAUCCCGCCUUUCCCCAUGGAUUGGACACAUAUUUUUCUUUUUUCUUUAUUUUUCGAACUCUUUGUUUGUGUGUCUUUAUGUUCACAGCAUUCUGCUUGAGACGUCUCUCUCGUCUUCUUUUUUUUUCCUCCUCCUCCUUCUCCUCCCCCUUUCUUUAUCUUCACUGUGUAUCCCCAUGCAAGUGUUGUCACCGACAUUAUACUGUUAUUCUCAGCUUAAGGAAAAAAGACGACUAAUGAAAUAAGACUCGUGUUUGUUCAGUGUUGUUUUAAAGACUAAUGUAGAACCAUUGACUAUAGACUUUCAUUUUGUUUGUUUUUUUGGACUGGGUCAUUUUGCUUGUGGCAACCCUGUUGGAAAAGUGCAGCGAAAAAGGUUGGCAGGUUCUCCUGAAGUUUCAUAGCUGGUUGUCUUUUUAUUUUCUUUUUUUGUGUAUAACAAAAAGCUUUUCAUCUGUGUCUGUCGGUCAGUUUGUUUAAGUUGUUGGGGGGGCAGACGGUGGAGAUGAAAUAAAAAGAAAAACACGACGACCGUAUGUGACAAGAAAAGAGCACUUGUUUUGUGAUAGGAGUGGUCGCUGCUAUACACUUUUACUUGUUUUCUCCCUCCCCUCCUCUGGCUUGUAUUGCAUUUAGUUUUCCAUUUAAAAAAAAAGUUGCCCUUCAUAUUUUCUUUAUUUUUGUACAUAAUGCAUAGAUACUACACUUGACACACAAGCAUACAGACACAAAACCCACAUCCACUCACUGAAAGAAAUAAUUCAAAAGUACUCCAUUUGGAAGCUUUACUUUUACAUGUUGAAUCUCAGCUCUAACAACGCUGAGGGUAUUUAGGAAUGCUGUGACAAAAAUAAGCAAGCAAAACAAACAAAUUUUAAAAAAACCUGCUGUUUCGCCUUUCACUCCAGUUUCAUAUGCAUCUGUUCCGUCUAUCCAUUCCUUUGACUGUCAGUCAGUUAGCGAGCCUUGUAACACAAUACAUUUUACUGGGUUAGCAGAGAAAUCUGAUCAUGUAUUUGUUUUUUUUCCUUGAGGAAAUCAUGCUAUAAAAGGCUUUUGUUCUUUUAUAACUGAUGUAUUCUUCCUUUUUGCUCCCGAUGAAAAAGGCCCAAGAAAAUUUCCCCAAAGAUUUUGUUUUGAUUGGAUUUGGUCAAAGUUCACACUGAAAAUUUGAAGAAUUCAGAAUCACUGCUAUGAGUUGUCCUCACCCUUUUCAUAGUGGUUUUUCAAAAGUUUUCGCUUUUAUGUUUUUGUUUGCUCAUCCUUUUUGGAAAAACCCUCUUUUGAACUAUGCUGCAGAGUACCUCUGCAAGAAAGCAUACAUAUGGCACAUAGUCUUGUUGUCCAGAUAAGUGCCAAACCUCUUUGGGGGAAAAAGUACCACGGGACAGAUAUUAUACAUUUGUUCGCAACACCUUGAAAGAGGAUUCUGCCUGUAUAUUCUCAGAUGAGUUGAUUUUUUUUUUCCCCAAAAGAUAUGUCCGAGUACGUUUUAAAGAAACCAUUUGAGCAUAGGUUUGACGACUCCCCCUGCUUAGAACAUGGCUAAAAGUUUGGUUUUGGACCCCUGCACUGGGUCACAUAAUGCCUCUUUAAAAAAUACAAUACUUUAGAAAACUGGCAUGUUGGAAGUGUUGGAACUCUUUCUGUCUGGAAGAGAACAUUUGGUAAAAGGUUUCUAUUACAGUAUGUAAAUAGGUGUCUCCUCUUUGAGAACGAUCAAAGAGAACUCUUGCUGGUUGAUUGAGUGUUUGGGUAUGUUGUGUGUAACAUUCAAUAAAAAAGAAUUGUUUUAAAAGCUU